AUGAAAAUAAUAAUAUUUGGUGCAAAUGGUGGCGUUGGUUUCGAAUGUGUUCGUCAAGCUAUUGAAGAUCAAAAUAUUGAACAUAUAACAGCUAUUACACGACGUCCUCUCGACAAAAAUAUGAUCUCCAAUAAACUUACUAAUAUUAUUCAUGAAAAUUUUCUUGAUUAUAAUCCAUUAUUAAAUCUAUUUGAAAAUCAUCAAGCAUGUAUAUGGGCAUUAGGCGUAUCACAAAAUGCUGUUAAUGAAAGUGAAUAUAUAAAAAUUACAUAUGAUUAUACAUUAGCAGCUGCUAAAACUAUGUCACAAGUUAAUCCAAAUAUGAGAUUUAUAUUUGUUAGUGGUAGGGGUGCUGAUUCAACUGAACAAAGUCGAUUUUUAUUUGGUCGUAUUAAAGGUAAAACUGAAAAUGCUCUAAUUAAAGAAAGUGGUCUCAAAGAAAUUUAUACUGUACGUCCGGCUGCUAUUUUAUUUACACAAGACACCUCAAAUAAACCUUGGUAUGUACGAGCUUUUCUACCUGCAUUACAUAUUUGCAAAGUAGUCAAACCAUCAUGGGUUAUAACAUCAACUGAAUUAGCUCAUGCAAUAUUAUAUUUAGUUAAAAAUGGUCAUCAUGCAACAUUAUUUGAAAAUCAAGAUUUAAAAAAUAUUAUUAAUGAAAAUCAUCGUGUCGCAUAA